GGGGGGGCGAAGUGCGCACGGGGGGGGAGCUGUGCGCGGGUUCCCCGCGCUGCCGCCAUGCCGGAGAAGGGCAUCUCCCUGACGGCCCAGAAGCCCCUGCAGCCUCCGAGUGUGGACGACUCCUCUUUCCUCGAGGAGCCAAGCCACGGCCACGAGUGCGACGCCUACGCCGCUCUUGUCUUCAGAGACGAGAAGCUCUUUGCACGCCUGGAGGAUUGGCUAGCCCGGCUGGAGGUGUCGAUGGACAAGAUGACUUCCGGCAAGGUGAUCAGCCCCAACUUCUCGCUGGCUUCUGAGGGCUCGGUGCAGUAUGUGGAAUCCCAGGAGCAGCGAGCGUCGUUGGUCAUGGAGAAGUUAGAGGAGACCCGAGCGAUCAAGGAGCACGCAGAGGAGCGGCACCGGGAGCUGCAGGUGGCCCUGGGCCAAACCAAGGGCAUGGACCGCGACAAGACGCCUUGGAGGGUCAUCCUGCUGGACCGCCUCACCGGAUGCGUGCAGCGCUGGGUAUCCUACGCCAGCCUCCAGCUGAAGCCGGACGACCCGAACUCUCCUGUGGAGGACGAUGAGGACUUCCAGCACGCCAAGGAGGUGCACGUGCCCCUUUGGCGGCGCAUGCUGCGGGCGGUGGUGCAGUCCUGGAUGUUCGAGGCCUUCUUUGCGGUGGUGAUCCUUACGAACUCUGCGGUGAUCGCCAUGCAGGUCGAGGAUCUGGCGCGAAACCCAGGCGCUGCGCCUUCCGAUGCCUCCUUCCUGAUCACCUCCGUGUACACCUUUCUGUUUACCAUGGAGCUGCUGCUGCGCAUCUUGGCCGGCGGCUUCGCCAUCUUUUGCGGCGCAGAAUGGAGUUGGCACGUCCUGGAUUUUCUGGUGGUUUCCUCGAGCAUUUUCGAGUUUGCGCUGGAGGUGGCCCUCCAAGAGGCCGGAGACGGGAACGGGAAUGUCUUCACCAACAUGCGCCUCCUCCGAAUCCUACGCAUCGGUCGCAUCACUCGCGCAAUACGAAUAGUGAGGUUGGUGAAGUUCAUCCGCUCCCUGCGGUCGCUGCUCUACUCCAUCGGCCACACUUUGAGAGCCAUGGUGUGGUCGGUGGUGCUGCUGGCGCUCAUCAUCUUCUUGUUCGGCUUGAUUUUCACCGACAUCACGUCUGAGUACCUGGCGCGAGAUGCCCAUGAGCGUACGGAGGUUACGGAAGGUUUCCUGAAGAGCCGUUUCGGUGGCCUUCAAGCCUCGAUGCACACGCUCUAUGCUUCGAUCACAGGAGGCCUCACUUGGAUCGAGGCCCGGGAUGCCCUCGCGGAGAUCUCCGACAUUUGGGGCUUCUUGUUCGAAGCUUACAUCGCUUUCUGCCUUUUCGCUGUCCUGAACGUUAUGACUGGGGUUUUCUGCCAGAGUGCGAUGGAUAGUGCUGAAAAGGAUCACGAGUUGGUGCUGCAGAACGUGGUGCAGGAAAAGGCCAAAUAUUUCAGAGCCGUCCGGCGUCUCUUUACACAGUUGGACAAGAACGCUGAUGGCGAUGUCACAGCGGCAGAGUUUGAGCUUGCCAUCAACGACCCGUCCCUGCGUUCCGUCUUCGACGCCCUCGAGAUCAAUGCUGCGGACGCCUGGGCGUUAUUCCAGCAGUUGGACAGCGACGGCAACCACCAUGUGGACGUAGACGAGUUCUUGGAAGGCUGCAUGUUGCUCAAGGGCCCCGCCCGGUCCAUCGACGUGGUGUGCAUCAAGCGCGACGUGGCCGGCCUGCGUAUGAGGAUUGACAAUCAGGGCUUGGAGUUGGGGAAGCUGAGUAAGAACCUGCAAAAGCUCUGCGACGCUCUCAACCCGGCAUCACGAGGAAAGACAGCCAGGGAGAACUGCCCGAGCUGAAGUUUUGAACGGCGUGUGAGGCUGCAGCAUCAUGCACCUUCUGAGGAGCGCUUGCUUCAUGGGAGGGUGUAUAAUGUAAGGAUCCCUGUGCAAGGCUUUCAUGACCAUCCUCUUGGUGCUUCGGACCAAGCCGAUUCUGCGCCCCCGUGCCGUGCAACUCCGCCUUUUUUCAGUUGAACGCCACCCCCUUGGGGGGUCUUGGGGGAUGGGGCCCUUGUUUUCCUUGGUCUGUUGAACUUGCUGCUGGGAUUCUGGCUGGCCCCAUAGCGAGCUAUGAGGUGGCCAAUCCCCUGACGACUUCCAUUUGCCGGUCUCAAAACGUCA